UUGUACGCUGAGCAUAGUGACUGGCACAGUUUCUUUUUGAGGAGAUCUUUUUUCAUGUCUAGUCUCUGAGCUGAGCUUCUCGAAUCUGUUAUUGUUUAUGUAGUGUAAACAGUAGAGAAAAGGGAAAAAAUGGCAAUAUCCGGUUCGGCUGGGCAGCCACAGUUCAUUGCGAGCACUGGAAAUCGAAGCCUCUCAAAUGCGCCGCUAAUUGAGAACUCCGAUACUGAUCAGAUUGUCGUUCCCGAUAGAAAGAGCUGGAAAAACUUCUUUGCCUACAUGGGACCUGGAUUUCUUGUUUCUAUUGCAUAUAUUGACCCUGGAAAUUUUGAGACGGAUUUGCAGUCUGGAGCACAAUACAAGUACGAGCUGCUUUGGAUAAUAUUGGUGGCUUCUUGUGCCGCUUUAGUCAUACAGUCACUUGCAGCCAAUCUUGGGGUUGUCACAGGAAAGCACUUAGCAGAACACUGCAGAAUGGAAUAUCCUAGGGUGCCCAACUUCAUCCUGUGGGUUCUAGCCGAGAUUGCUAUAGUUGCAUGUGACAUUCCUGAAGUGAUUGGAACUGCAUUUGCUUUGAACAUGCUCUUCAAUGUUCCUAUAUGGUGUGGUGUUCUUCUGACAGGACUUAGUACUUUAGUUCUUCUAGCAUUGCAGCAAUAUGGGGUCAGGAAACUUGAAUUCUUGAUUGCAUUUCUUGUACUCACAAUUGCCGCAUGCUUCUUCGUGGAGCUUCACUACGCAAACCCUGAUCCGAAAGAAGUUCUGAAAGGACUUUUUGUUCCCCAACUGAAAGGAAGUGGUGCCACUGGUCUUGCAAUUUCACUUCUUGGUGCCAUGGUUAUGCCCCACAAUCUCUUUCUCCACUCUGCUUUGGUGCUCUCUAGGAAAAUACCACGAUCUGUCCGUGGCAUCAGAGAGGCAUGCAGAUUCUAUAUGUUUGAAAGCGCCUUUGCUCUCAUGGUGGCCUUUCUAAUUAACAUAUCAGUUAUUUCUGUGAGUGGAGCAGUUUGCGGUUCUUCAAGUCUGAAUGCUGAGGAUCAGAAGAGCUGCCAGGACUUGGACUUGAACAAGGCUUCCUUUUUACUAAGGAAUGUCUUGGGCAGUUGGAGUUCAAAACUUUUUGCAAUUGCUCUGCUGGCGUCUGGUCAGAGUUCUACUAUCACAGGAACAUAUGCUGGGCAAUAUGUUAUGCAGGGCUUUCUUGAUUUACGACUGAAGCCAUGGAUUCGCAACUUUUUAACCCGAUGUUUGGCUAUAGUCCCUAGUCUAAUAGUUGCAAUCAUUGGUGGCUCUGCUGGGGCUGGAAAGCUAAUCAUUAUUGCAUCUAUGAUUUUAUCAUUUGAGCUCCCUUUUGCUCUUGUUCCACUUCUCAAAUUCACAAGUAGUGAGACCAAGAUGGGGGCAUGCGUCAACUCUGUCGCGAUCUCAGCUAUAACUUGGAUUAUAGGUUCCCUGAUUAUGGCCAUAAACAUAUACUAUCUGAUGACUGGAUUUAUCAAGCUGCUUCUUCACUUACAAAUAGUGGCGGCUGUGUUUCUUGGCAUAUUCGGGUUCUCGGGGAUGGCAGUGUACUUGGCUGGAAUUGCAUAUCUGGUUUUCCGAAAAAACAAGGAGGCCACACACCUUUUGGCGUUCACAAUGCCCGAGAGCAGACAAAUGACCGCCAAUGAGCAGAGCAAUGCCUCAAUGUAUUGUCUCCCAAGAGAGGACAUUGUGAGCAUGCAAUUGCCCCAAAGAAGGUCCACUGUUGAUGUUGACUAAGUCUCCUAUAUUUGGUGAAGGUAACAUUUGUAGGACAUUUAGCUUCUUCUUAGGGUCCUAAAGUAGUGAAAAAUGCUCGGGACACCAUCGGUGCUAAGAACCACCAUUAAUAGAAGGUGGGUCUCACUGGUGGACUCUGUAACAUUGUUCUCUUAGUAGUACUAAUUUAAAUAAAGUAAGGUAUGGAAACUAGCUGGAUUAUUACAUAAUCCUACGUAGCUCUUAUAUAUAUGAUGUCUUUUCGUAACUAGCUUUUUAUUCGUUCA